AUGACAACAAGCCAAACUACGCCUCAAGCAACCGGCUCCAUUCUGCUGAAAGGCGGCACCCUACUGUUUCACAAUGAGCGAGAUGAUGUGACGCCUCUCAAGAACACCGACAUACUUGUGCAAGGCAACCGUAUUGCCAAGAUUGGAAAAGCAAUUGCACUCCCGGCAGGAGCUCAGCUCGUCGACUGCAGCGGCAAGAUCAUUAGCCCAGGUUUUGUUGACACCCAUCACCACCUUUGGCAGACCCAGCUCAAGGGGUGCCAUGCAGACCAAUCAAUCUUUGACUACGUUCCCUCUGCCACCCAAGCGCUAUCGGCCACAAUUGCUUCAGGCAUUCGCUCAAUUUUCGCCUACUCCCAAGCCCCAUACUUCACGAAAUGGGACUCUAAAACCUGCGAGCUAUCAAUGGAUAUCAUGCCAGACUCAAGCAUGGCGCAUAUCUUUGAGCUUGCAAAAGCACAGCCCUAUGGAAACGGGAGGGUUCAAAUCGGAUUCGGAUUCGACUACUGGUUUCUCCCCAAAGAGGCCAUCGUAGGCAUUUUCAACGGACUUCGCCAUGCUGGUAUCAAGCUUUUUACCUCUCACUACGCGAAAAAUCCAACCUUUGGCCUUGAUGCGAGCGAGAAAGCCAAACUGGCUGAAACCCAGGUUGCUGUGUCGAGCACUCCAGACACAGAAGCUCAGAUGGGCUUCGGCUGGCCUCUUGCCUUCUCAUCAGGCAUUAACUACACGAUCGGUGUCGAUUGCCACACAAAUAACACAUCCUCAAUCCUGUCUCUCGCUCGAUCUGCUUUGCAGAUGGCGCGCCAACGCGAGGCGAUUGCGGAGACAAAUGGUCCAGAUGGCGCUCCUCAGAAACUGAAUCUCCAGCCGGCGGGCAGCACCCAGGAUGCUUUCAACGCAGCGACCAUCAGAGGAGCGCGUGCGGUGCUUUUGGGGGACGAGAUUGGGUCCCUAAAGGAGGGAAAGUUGGCUGACCUGGUCCUCUUUGAUGCUGCCGGGAGUGUGACAAUGAGUUGCGUAGCAGACUCGGAUCCUUUGACUGCGGUUGUUCGUCACAGCGAUAUUCGAGACAUCGAGGCUGUUCUCAUAGACGGAGUCUGGAGGAAGCAAGGAGGCAAAGUCUGCCCACUCUUUCCCACACGCACAAAGAUGGCUGUAUCAGAGAACAACGCAACCAAGACCGUUGCUUUGGCUGGGGCGAGCGGUAACUUGGGUCUUCGUAUCCUAGAAUCCCUGCUCGAUGCAGAGUUCGAUGUGACAGUCUUAAUUCGCCACGAAAGCACCCCGAUUGAUUACCCUGUCAAAGCCCGAGUGGUAGAAGUCGACUAUGAUUCGUCCGAGUCACUUCAGAAUGCUCUUGGGGGCACCGACGCUGUAGUUUCUGCAGUUGGCAAGCAGAAUGGAUUGCAGAGCCAGUUCAAACUCAUCGAUGCUGCGAUCGCCGCUGGGGUAAAACGAUUCAUCCCGUCGGAGUUCGGUGCGGAUCUCCAGAACCCUAAGAUUCGUGCCUUUCCGACCUACCGAACUAAGGUAGAGGUCGAAGAUUACCUGGAGAACGAAGUCCGGGGCACUGGAUUGACUUACACCUACGUCUACAACAGCGUUUUGUUUGACGAAGGCCUGUCACUCGGGGCAUUUGCGAACUUCUCGACCCGGACAGUGAACAUCUUCGAUGGCGGGGACACAACAUUUUCUGCAACGAGGAUCAAGACAGUCGCGCAGGCUGUUGCUGCUAUCCUCAAGAACCUGGACGCAACUAAGAACAAGGCCGUUCGUAUCCGAGACCUUGCGAUGACCCCAAAGCAGCUACUAGAAACUCUCAAAGCGUUGGAUCAAGAUCACGCUUGGAAGGCGGUUGCAGUCAACACCGAAUCGCUUGUCAAGAACGCCGAACAUGAGCUAGCAUCGGGCAAGUUCAGCCCAAAGGCAUUCGCAGCAUUUGCAAUGAGAGCGACCUUUGCUCCAGAGCAUGCACAGGAUUAUAGUCGCGACAACGAGCUCUUGGGUAUAAUUCACAUGACGAAGGAAGAUAUUCAAGGGGUCUUGGCUGCAAGACUGUGCUGA